UUACAGGGUCAUUGUCCCGGUUUCAUCUGAAAGUAUUCCUCACGUCUGAACCAUCCACUCCAAACAGUCAAAAUGAGGGAGAUUGUACAUUUACAGGCCGGACAGUGCGGAAAUCAGAUUGGUGCCAAGUUCUGGGAGGUUAUCAGUGAUGAGCAUGGUAUUGAUCCAACUGGAAGUUACCAUGGAGACAGUGAUCUCCAGCUGGACAGGAUCAAUGUCUACUACAAUGAAGCCAGCGGUGGAAAGUAUGUUCCCCGUGCUGUGCUUGUCGACUUGGAACCUGGCACAAUGGAUUCCGUGAGGUCCGGACCAUUUGGACAAAUCUUCAGACCAGACAACUUCGUAUUUGGUCAGAGUGGUGCUGGUAACAACUGGGCAAAGGGCCACUACACAGAGGGUGCAGAGCUGGUGGACUCUGUGCUGGAUGUGGUCAGGAAGGAGGCUGAAAGCUGCGACUGCCUUCAGGGCUUCCAGCUCACACACUCCCUGGGCGGUGGCACCGGCUCUGGCAUGGGAACCCUGCUCAUCAGCAAGAUCCGUGAGGAGUACCCCGACCGCAUUAUGAACACUUUCAGCGUUGUGCCUUCCCCUAAGGUGUCUGACACAGUGGUAGAGCCCUACAACGCCACACUGUCAGUCCACCAGCUGGUCGAGAACACAGACGAAACCUACUGCAUUGACAAUGAAGCACUAUACGACAUCUGUUUCCGCACACUAAAACUGACCACACCUACAUACGGUGAUCUCAACCAUCUCGUCUCAGCCACAAUGAGUGGAGUCACCACCUGUCUGCGCUUCCCUGGUCAGCUUAAUGCUGAUCUCCGCAAACUUGCCGUCAACAUGGUGCCCUUCCCCCGACUGCACUUCUUCAUGCCCGGCUUCGCUCCCCUCACCAGCAGAGGCAGCCAGCAGUACAGAGCACUCACUGUUCCUGAGCUCACGCAACAGAUGUUCGAUGCCAAGAACAUGAUGGCUGCCUGCGACCCACGUCACGGCCGUUACCUUACAGUGGCCGCUGUCUUCCGUGGUCGUAUGUCCAUGAAGGAGGUGGACGAGCAGAUGCUGAAUGUCCAGAACAAGAACAGCAGCUACUUUGUGGAAUGGAUCCCCAACAACGUGAAGACUGCCGUCUGCGACAUCCCACCCAGGGGACUCAAGAUGGCUGCCACCUUCAUCGGCAACAGCACUGCCAUCCAGGAGCUGUUCAAGCGCAUCUCCGAGCAGUUCACUGCCAUGUUCAGGCGCAAGGCCUUCUUGCAUUGGUACACCGGAGAGGGCAUGGACGAGAUGGAGUUCACAGAGGCUGAGAGCAACAUGAACGACCUGGUGUCUGAAUACCAGCAGUACCAGGAUGCCACUGCUGACGAGGAGGGAGAGUUUGAGGAAGAGGCCGAGGAAGACGAGCUUGCCUAAAAUGUCAUUAAGUCUUUUCUUCCAUGUUUACCCCCUAAAUUCCAUUUAUGUGUUUUUCCUUUUCCUAUUUUUUUUACUACGUAUGUCGUCUCUGACAACUCUACGUUGUAUUCCCUUGUUCGUUUGGCAAUAAAAAAAACAAAACCCCUA